AUGCUUUGGAAACCACGAGUUCGACGAGACAACCUUCGCUUCAGUCUCGAAAAAGCAAAACAGCUUGAAAAAAUACCUUGUAUGAAUGACCGUCUUGUAUUACUCUGCCAACGACGAUAUGACAUCCCCGAUUCCCACGUAUUAAUCUUAGGCUACACACUCUGGUCCCAGAUCCCCCAGGACUCAGUGGAUAUAGUCCGUUCUAAAAUCUCCGAUUUCCAAAUGAUCAAAGAAUGGUCCAUCGAGCAACACAACCAAGCGCACGAGUCCGACUUGACCUGGUUGAGGGGUGAGAUCCAAACUCUUCGGGAGCAGGAAAAGCGGUCUAUCCUGGUUGUCAUGCAUCAUGCACCAUCCGUGCAGCUACGCGAAGAACUUGUGAAAUUGUGCGUUUGGGACGGAUUGGAUAUUUGGACAUACACAUUAUACAACCGAUUUAAGAGAAGGGAGGAUUAUGGUUCGAGGAUAUGUGCUGCCUUGGAAAUUGGAAAAGGGGAGUUUUGA